AUGCUGGCCCAGGCAGUGAAUACUACGGCCCCGGAAGGUUCUCAUCAACACCAUGUAGCCUCGCACCGCCAGUCCUACAUCGCACACGCGACUAUGCCUGAUGCGAGCACAGAAGACAAAGUUUGCCCUGGCUGCCAACUUUCUGUCAUGAACGAGAAUGGCGGCGUCGUCAUCUCUUUUGGCUCGUCUUUCUUCCACGUCGACUGCUUCAAAUGCGCGAAAUGCCAUAACACAGUUACAGCGGAUACGAAUCUACUGCUGCUAUCGGACGGCCAACCGGUAUGCUCGAACUGCAGUUAUUCGUGCUCCGUCUGCCACCUCCCCAUCCUGGACGAGGCUAUCAUGACCGGUGACGACUCGUAUCAUGCACACUGCUUCAAGUGCAAGUCGUGCGGCAAUCGUAUCGACGAGCUCAUGUUCGCGAAGACCCAUAACGGCAUAUAUUGCAUGAACUGUCACAACCAGCGUGUCGCCCGCAGCCGUCGCCAUGCGGCUAAGCAGAAGGAGCUGAAGGAACGGGAGGCGAGGGAGCGAGAACAGAGGGAACGGGCGGCAAGUGCGAGCGCCGCGGGCAGCGCCUCUUCACGAGAACAGCUUGUCAGGGAACACAGUACCCCAAUUUCGUCACCACGUCCCUCUACGGCGCAGUCGCCACCCAUGUCGCGUGAACCUUCAGCCUUAGCACGGAGGCCAUCUUUGGACACUGUCGGCCGCUCGCAUUCAGGGCAAAGUACCCAUGCAUCACCCUCUUCCACCCCGAAUCCUAUGGUAUCACCAAUAUACGAGCGUUUCAUGCGCUCGUCGCCUUCCCGCCCUUCGUCGCCCCAGGUCAUCGUCGGUCCGACCGAGCAAGCGCACGACCCUUCUUCUGCAAGUCCCGCGCAUAAUGGUUUGGAAGACCACUUAUCCCCACCAGGGAGCGCGCAAGAGGUUGCACGGAAGCCUAGCCACGAUCGCGGCGUACGCGAGCUGUAUAAGAAGCACGACCCAGCUGGCUCUCAGACGAACCUAAGUCUACCUAGUGCUAAGGGUCGUUCAUCCAAGCGCAACAGUAUCAACCCAGGCAUGGCUUUCGACAUCGACACUGCAGCGAGCGAGCUUGGUUAUGCUACUCCUUCUACUGGCUCAGGUCGCGGAUCACCGGCGCCGAUGAAUACACUGUCACCGCAGACACCCGCGUCUGGCUUGUCGGCAUCAUCGCCUAUCACGCGUCUGCGCGCCGAGAGUUCGCCAAAACCUAGCACAAGUACUGGGGCUGAUUUCCCUGCGCGACCGGCGCUGACGGCUAACCAUACUAUGGACCGCGUACCGCAAGCCCUCUCUCCUGCAGGGCCGCGAGUGCGCCCGCAACGCUCAUUUGAUACCCGGGAUAACGGCCGCGAACCGCGGCACGCCCCUAGCCUGAGCAUCGACGUCGAGAAGAGCCGUGGUGGACCGACGUCUGGUCGUACAAGUCCAGGUCACAAAGUCGCGAGCCCAAAUCAUCGCGCCGACGUCCCGCACGGCGUCGAGAGCGGCACGGACACCGACGCUGAGAACGACAGUGACCAUCCACCAGAACCUCCGGCGAAGAGUCCGAAGGAGCCUAUAUCUGCUGACCGGACGCCGCGACCAGAGAAGAUAGCGGCGCCUGGCUCUGCAGCUCGGGAGGGUAGUCCAGAGCCGGGUAGCAGUGAUGAGAGCGUUGAUCAAGUUCGGACAAGCACGUUCAUCGCACCUGCCCUCCCGCCGAUCCGCAUCUCCCUCGGUGCUGGUGACUUCGGCGAGCUUCUCAAGAGCUACAACCACACUCGCUCCGGGUCCUUGGCGAAGGCAGGACCACUUUCCGCCGUCGACGAGGCAUCGCCGAACACGGAGCUCGUGGCGGAUAGAGAACGCGAACGCGAGCGUGGCCCAAGCCCAGAUACACCUGCUAGCAACGCGAGCUGGAGGUCAGACAUGACGCCCACCACGAGCUCUCAGACGCACGCGACGAGUUUGGAGGCCGAGCCGAGGUUCCAGGACGACGCGAGCAUGACGACUAUCGGCGCUACGUCCUCGACUGCACACUCAAGCAGUAAUGGACAUGCCCCCAAUAAGGCAGAGCCGUUCCCCUCUAUCGCAGACUUGUCCGUGGACCAACAACGUUCACGCUCCGACUCAAGCGCGUCGGCAAUGAUGGGCGAUGCGACGCCCAUCACGGUCACUGCACCCGGGAGUACGGUCGCGCGUCCGCUCAAGGUCGACACGAGCGAUCUCGUCAUGCGCAGGUUGCGUGAGGCUCUGGCGGAGGCGGGGAAGCGCGGCGCUAUGCAUGUGAACUUGGACCAGGAGUUCGUGCAGACCAUUCUUAUGGUGCUCGAGCAGCGUCGCGUCGAACAUGCGGAACUCAAGGGCAAGAUUGACCAUAUCAAGCGCGCGAGCCAACAAUAUGUCGAUGGUCUCACAGUCGCACAGGGCGAGUACGAGGCGGAGCUACAAGCGCGCCGCGAUGCGGAGGCUGAGGUUACACGCCUGCGUGUGCUGCUGAAUGGCCAGGCGGCCCGUAUCACCGCUAUGAGCAACGAUGCUCGCAAAGGGGAGCUGCACAAGCAACUUAGUCGAGAACUGAGCGAGAACCUCACUGUACUCGAGCGCAAUCUCUCUCGUCUACGUGUGGAACGCGACGUCGUGAUUGCGGAGGUUGAAGAACUGGAGACCAGCAAAGGCUCUUCCAACAGUAUGCCGUCGGAACCAUCGAGCGGCGCCAACCUCAAACGAUCUCUUACCAUGCGCCUCGACACGCUCAAGCAGCAAUAUCAGCGGGAGCUCGUGCCGCUCACAGACGAGCGUGGCGCUCUACUGCGCGAGAUCGCGGAGCUCAAGGCCGCGCGCGACAUCUUCCUCGAGGAGACGACGAUGCUGAAUGCCCGUAACGAGGAGUUGGCCGCGCUUAACGCGAUCUACUCUCGUAGGCAAGAGCAGGCUCCAGAGUCCAUGCGUACCGACAGCUCCGGUUCCCAAAACAACCAGGCAGAUACGAGCCUUGGUUCCGGAGACUUCGUCAAGAUCCAGCAUCCCAGCGCCGCAGUGGUUCAACAAGCGCAAUUGCAGGCUCAACAACAGAUGCAACAAGCGCAGUACCAGGCACAACAGCAAGCUCAGGCCCUUGCUGCCCAAGUUCAACGCGACAACGCUGCAACUGCGUCUGGAGAGCAGGGCACGCUCAAGAAGCGCGGAUGGCUCGCGGGCGUACGUCGUGAUGCUGGACCCGGAACGGGGGCGCCGGAUGCUGCGCGUUUGACCAAGUUCAAGCAUAGCUUCCAGCAGAUCUCUGUUCUGAGGGUUACCCGCUGCGACCAUUGCGGAGAUAAGCUCUGGGGAUCGCAGGUUCGCUGUACCGGGUGCAACUUGAGUGUACAUCACCGCUGCCAAGCUGCCGUUCAGAGCGCUUGUACCCCCCAAGCCACGCCACGGAAGGAUGCUGCGCAAGUCCCAUUGCAGCCGAGCAUGUUUGGACGCGAGCUCAUUGAGCAAGUCCGUGCGGACUCGCGUGGCGGAGACAGGAUGGUACCCGUUAUUGUGGAGAAGUGUAUCGAGGCCGUCGAGCAUCAUGCGAUGGAGUACGAAGGCAUCUACCGGAAGACGGGUGGAAGCGCGCAGAACAAGAAGAUCACCGCCUUGUUCGAACGGCAGGACUACGAGUCGUUCGAUCUGAAUGACGAGGAACAGUUCAACGACAUCUGCAGCGUCACAUCUGUCCUCAAGACGUACUUCCGCUCACUGCCGAACCCGCUGAUGACCUUCGUUCUCCACGACGAGUUCAUGAAUACGAGCAUGAUCAAGGAUCCUAACCAUAAGGCGGCCAAGUACGCAGACCUUGUCAAGCAACUACCGACGGAGCACUACUACACCCUGCGCAUGCUCAUCCACCAUCUUCAUCGUAUCCACGAACAUAACUCUGUCAACCUCAUGACCGCUCGCAACCUCGGCGUAGUCUUCGGCCCGACUCUCAUGCGCUCGCGUAACCCUGGGGCCGAGUUCAGCGACAUGGCCGGCAAGGCGCUUACAGUCGAGUUCCUCGUUGAGAACGCUCCGGACGUCUUCCCGUAA